UGCUUCACUGCAAUAUGUCAUUGUUUUAAGUUUCUCUUCCCAGAUGGUGAUCAGUGUCGUCAAGCCCCUUGUCAGAAUGGGGGUGUCUGCACUGAUGGUAUUGGAGCUUAUGUGUGUGACUGCAAGGACGGCUACCAAGGUCAAAACUGUGAAAUUGAUACAGCCGAGUGUCUUCCCGCUGUGCACUUUGGGUGUGAUCAAUUUUGCCAUCCUGGCUCCGAUAACUCUUAUGUUUGCUCCUGCACAAAGGGUUACACACUUGGUGCAAAUAAAAAGACUUGUAUUCCUCAAGUGAAGUUUCCCUGUGGAAAACAGACGACUUUCCAAUUCCCUUGGCAGGUUCAGUUAGUAAACGAAGACACCACAGGCUUUUGUAGCGGUGCAAUCCUGGGGCAGUAUUUGGUGCUAACUGCAGCUAAAUGUGUUUCCAUGGUCAGCACAUUUCAAGUUGUUGUAGGAAAUCAAUCAACGGGUCAUGAUAAUAACAUCAUGCAAAUACUGCACGUCGACAGUCUUCACAUACAUCCCAGAUACAAGAACGGAACAGAGAACGAUAUAGCUUUAAUAACACUAAGGGAACCAAUCCAGUUCAAUAAAAAUGUCAUUCCCAUCUGCAUUCCCGAAAAAGACUUUGCGGAACACAUUCUGAUGCAGAGGAAGCCAGGUGUGGUGAGCAGAUGGGGAAGUGGCUGGAAUGAAACCAAGGGUCCCGUGCCUACUGUGGAGCUGCCAUACCUGCCUCUGGAGACCUGCCAGGAGAAACACAACUUCACCAUCUCAAACAAGAUGUUUUGCACAGAGGAACUCAGCCAUGCCAGCUGCCAGUUGGCCAGCGGAAGCCCUAUCGUCUCAUCACAUAAAGGCAUCUGGUUUUUAACUGGCAUUCUGAUAUCUGGGCCGGCAGAAUACGACUGCAACCAAGGAUAUAUUUUUAUAAAGAUAACUAGAUACCUGUCAUGGCUCAAGCCUUUCUUAUACGAUCACAAUUAACUGAGACCUGUAAGAUAUGUAAUAGAAAGGUUUUUACUGUAUCUAGCCAGCUAAAUCAUGUGCUGGAAAAAGGCAUACCAAAUGUAUUGUACAACCCUUUUGUUUGUAACUUUUUUCCAAAUGUAAAACAUUCUAACCAUAUUCCUUUGCAGGCAUGAUCUUACCAAGAGCAUCUUAUCAUAUGCUUUUAAAAUGCCCUUUCUAACAUUGGGCUUUUUAUUUGCUUAAUUAUUUUCAGAAAUUGCUUUAGCACAGCUUGGUACAUUUUCAACAUGUGUCUGAAACUGCUUUCAACUACCUCUUCCAUUAUGUUUUGGGUUGUUAAUUGUUCUACAGUUCACACUGUUUAGAAGAAUCAUAUCUGGAUGAUUUGAUUCUUAUAAGUGGUUGAUUCUUAAAAGUGGACCGAUACUGUGGUGCAGAGUCGGUAUGUUAGUUUGAGAAUGAAAGCUUUGUUCCCUGCAGUGUUAUGAGUUACCGCAUGUAUGCACAGGGACCAUACGUUUAGUUAGUGUGCCAACUGAAACCGAGGUUUAUUUUGUUUGUUUGUUUUAUUAGCGGUUGUUUCCCCACCGCACUGUAAGAAAAAUAAAACCAACACCGGUUUUAAACUGUAAA